ACGGAAGAAAAUGUUUAAAAAAAAAUACUUCCUGCGGUCAUACGCGUGAGAGCAGUUACGAUUUCUUAUUUUCCCUAUUAUAAUUAUAUAUAUAUAUUUUAAAGACACACGUCGGUGGUUUGACCUUGGACAGGAACAGAAAAAUCAACAAGGAUGGCGUCAUUGGGGAGUCUGAGACCAAUGUUGACAUCACUUCUGCAAGUGUCUCAGUCUGUCUCCCAAUGGUCCGGACCUGUCCUCUCCAGAACUAUGGCUACUCUGAAUCAGAUGCAUCGCCGGGGAAAGCCGUCCCCCCCUCCCCCGAGUGUCAGCGCCAUGUUCGGCCGCCCCCAGCUGAAGGCAGUGAUCCUGAAGACAAUGAUCCGGAAACCCAAGAAGCCAAACUCGGCCAACCGUAAAUGUGCCAGAGUCCGCCUGAGUAACGGCAAGGAGGCAGUGGUCUUCAUCCCCGGGGAGGGACACAACCUUCAAGAGCACAAUGUAGUGCUGGUGCAGGGGGGCAGGACACAGGACCUGCCAGGAGUCAAGCUGACUGUGGUCAGGGGAAAAUAUGACUGCGCUCAUGUUGUGAAGAAGAAAAAUAACUGAGAGGGAUAGGGAAUGUUUUUUGUUGUAUAUUUGUAAUAAAUGUCUUAGUUCAAAGUUGGCUUAGA